AUGAAAGAUGAAAUAUAAAUGUUUCAAGUUAAAAAAUAAAUCUAUCAUUUUGCUUGGCAUUGUUUUAUUCCAUAUACAUUUUUAGGAUAAUUCAUGACAAUUCUUAGUGUAGCCGAAUCCUCUUGGCUUAAAAUUAAUCAAAAAAAACAUAAAUAUUAAAUAGAUUUCAAUUGA